AUGCCUAAUACAGUUGAACAGCUACCAGAACACAAUGCAGGGACUAGCAGUGAUGUUUCCAACAGAAACAGUGAAAGCAACAUGACUGCAGAAACUAUGACCACAGCAGUGAUCAUAAGUCUAGAUCAACUCAUCUUUUCUAGGACUCUUGCCAUGCGGACCAACGUAAGAGCGCAGAGAAAACGGCUGAUGCUGCUAGUCUUGCUCAUUGCCUGGGUCAUCUAUCUGUUUUCUGCAAAUAUACUGCAGCUUCCCUGGAACAUUUCCAAGAAGCUACUCAACAGAGCCAGUUCACCCACAGAGACUGACCUGAGAAUGAAUGAAAUCAAUAAACAGCUAGACCAGAUGAUCCCACACAGACGAUUCUCUGACAUGAACACCAUCACCAGUGCAGCCCACAGUGUGGUCACCAUUCUUAAUCCUCAGAAAACAUAUUGCAUUGGAGAUCAACUAGAUAUUCUCUUGGAAGUGAAAGAUCAUUUGGGCAACAGUAAGAAAUAUGGAGGGGAUUUCUUAAGGGCCAGGACUUUUUCCCAGGAAUUGAAAGCAGGUGCUAAAGGGAGAGUGACAGAUUUCAACAAUGGCACCUACCUCAUCAGCUUCCCUUUAUUCUGGGCAGGUAAAGCCUCUUUGUCUCUUCUGCUCAUCCACCCCAGUGAAGGGGUAUCUGCUCUCUGGAGAGCAAGGAGCAGAGGCUAUGAUAAGGUGAUUUUUACAGGUCAGUUUGCCAAUGGCACAUCCCCAGUCUUCACUGAAUGUGGUCUGGCUUUAGACACAAGUACUGAAUUGUGCCAGUACCUGGACUUCCGAGAUCAAGAAGCCUUCUACUGUGUGAAACCUCCACAAAUUUCCUGUGAUGCACUGAUAAAUAUGAAGACCAGAAAUAGUAGAGUUUCUUAUCUUGAUAAUGAGGAAAAAAUGCUUUUUCACAGGUAUCCCAUUGGAAUGCAAAUUAUGGAAAACUUUAAUCCCAUCGAGGUCUUAAAUUGUGAUAAAGUGAUAAAAAAGAAAUGCCAGAUUGGAAUGAAGUCACCUGUUCCAAGUGGUUAUGCUUUGCAAGGAAAGUGGACUCCAACAUUUUGUAAACUGGAUCAGUUAAAUACUGUAACUACAAUCAAUAAUUGUUUUGAAAGAAAGCUUAUUUACCUAAUGGGAGAUUCCACCAUGCGUCAGUGGAUACAAUAUUUCUCCAUGCAUAUUAAAACACUGAAACAUCUUGAUUAUCAUGAAAAUGGAAUGUUAAAAAAACAUGUACUUGUGGAUGUGAACAGAAAUACUCAUAUUCAGUGGAAAAAACAUGGACAUCCUUAUGUCACUAUACAUUCUUUCUCAGUGAAAGAGGAUACAUAUGUUUCCCAUCAGAUCGACAGAAUAGCCGGAGACAGAAACACAGUCAUUGCCAUUUCCCUGGGCCAGCAUUUUAGACCCUUUCCCAUUGAAGUCUUCAUCCGAAGGACCCUUAAUAUCCGAAGGGCCAUUGAAAGAUUAUUCCUGAGAAGCCCAGACACUAAAGUGAUACUCAAGACUGAAAAUACCAGGGAGUUGACGUUGGAAGCUGAGAGAUUUAGUGACUUUCAUGGCUACGUUCAGUACCUUGUCUUUAGGGAUGUUUUCCAAGACCUCAAUGUGGGUAUCAUUGAUGCCUGGGACAUGAGCAUUGCCUAUGACACUAACAGUCUCCACCCAACUGACACUGUCAUUGAAAAUCAGAUUAACAUGUUUUUAAACUUUAUCUGUUAA